AUGACGACAUCAGUAAACGAAGAACGAAUAAUUCAUCAAUAUAAUUCAGAUUCUACAACAUGCGAUCUAUUCAAACAAAUGGAACCUGAAUUCCAUCGUUACUGUACAAUGGGCGAAUGGCGUCAUAAUCAUCAGUUACCGUCGUUUGAAAUCUCACGGGAAUAUAUUCAAACAAAAAUCUAUCCAAAACUGCAGCAACAAUCAGAGAAAUUAGCACAACAAUUAGCAAUUUCUACAAUUCGUCGUGUAAAAACUGAAGAACGUUGGGCAUGUCAACAAAAUCGUUUGACCUUAUCACGAUGUUUUGUUGAACUAUUUUUUAGUCGUCAAAUACGUCGUGGACCAAUACCAGUUGAAGAAGAUCAAAUUAAAUUACGUGAAAAAGUAAUUACAAAUGGCAUAAAAAGUGGUCUACAAUUUUCAAUAUUAAUGCUACCUAAUCGGGAUGAAAAUUUGGCUAAAAAUGAUGGUCAUCUUCCAGAUUUAGGUGAAAUAUUGUCGCUUGUUAAAUUAUGGUCAAUUGUUCGUGCCAUGUUUCUUAUUAAAGAUUAUUUUAUUCAACAAAUACUAGUCAAAUUAUUUAGGAAAAUAUUUGAAAAAAGUAAAAUUGAAACAAUUUAUGAUAUAGAACGAUUACUAGGAGAAAUGUUAACACUGAGAACAUCACCGAUCAUAUCAGUGGACGAUGAAUUUGAUAUAAUAAAUUAUUUAAUUAUAAAAUUAUUAUCAAAUAGAAAAUAUUCGAAAUACACCACCAAUCUUCGACAAAUGUAUGAUGAAUUAAUGCCAUAUGAAAUUAAAAAAAUUGAAAAAGUUGAACUUUUAAUUAUUGAAUUAGUUAAACAUCAGAUAACAUUGAAAUGGUUAUUUGAAACAGUUCAACAAUUGCUUUCCAUUGAACAAAAUUCAAUUGAAAUUAUUGUUGUACAAGAUGCUCAUCGUUAUACUUGUUAUGAUACAGAUAAUAGACAACAUAUUUAUGAAUAUACUCAAGCUUUAAAUCAAAUUGUUCAACAAAUGAAUCUUCAGCAAUAUAUUAAAUUAAUUUCACACAAUCAAUUGGAGAAAGAUAGUGAAGAGAAUAAAAUAUUUCAAAUUCAACGUCAACAACUCUAUGAUGAACAAUAUUUUAAAUUGAUAAAACCAUUUAUAGAAUCAAAAUCAUCCGUUCUUCAAGCAAGUAUAUCCCGUGAUAAAUUUCGAGCAAAAAUCGAAGAAUUAUCAUUGAAUGAAAAUAUUGUUGAAUUGAUUGAACCAGUUUUACACGGUCGUUUACAUCCAGAAUUAAUUGACGCACAUUUAUCACCUAUUCAAGAAUUAAAAUUUUUAGCACAAAUUUAUGAAGUUUCUCAAGAUAAUGAUACAGAAAAACUUCGACAAGAAGUUUUAUUUUCAUCUUUGAUAAAUGCUAUUAAAUAUAUUUGUUCAUAUGAAACACAAACAUCAACAAAAAAUUAUUUAAAUUUAGAUGAUAUUGAAUUUCUUUUACCAAAAUCUAUUCGAUUAAGUAUACAUAAUAAACCAUUUCAUCAAACACGAGUACAAUUUUUAAUCAAAACUAGUUCCAAUUUACAUCGACAGCCAUGGCAUGGUACGGUAACAUUGAGACGAAGUCAAAAAAAACAUUUUGUAUUUGAUAUACAAUUAAGUUUACUAUAUAAACUCAACAAGUAUAUUCCAGUUUUUGUCACUUCCUCUUUAUCCACAACUGAUGAUUAUUUUUCAAAACUAGCGAAAAAUAUUCAACCAAUUAUGUGGGUGCAUCCUGAUCUUAUUAAAGAUUAUGAUCAACAAUUUAAUGGUGAAAUGUUGUUAAGCAAACUGUUAUUCGACGAUGAUCAUGUAAAUAACCUUAGAAUUUAA